AUGCCGUCUUUGGGGAGGCUGGUGCUCUGGCGCGUGACAAUGGCGGGUGUGGGCGAGAAUGGUGAACUCGGCUAUAUCUCGAGUUGCCGCUGCCCUCAAAAUCACGAGCACCAACCGGUACAAUCAGGGCGACCAGUGAGUGCCCUGAAUUUUCAGGCUUCUCUAGCUGCUAAGGAUCUCCAGAUUUCCAGUGAGUUAAAUCCAAGGCUGCAUUCCUCUUCAAGCACCAUAAGCCGUCAUCUCAGAUUCAAUCAUCUCAAUUGUCAUGAGAACAAGGAAGAUGGCCUGGGGACUGAAAACGCUGAAACAAGUGGCCUUGAAAGCUCAUCUAGGAAAGCUGUCAUGGUUAGGGGAAGUCUCAGUAAUGAAGCUGUUAGUAGCGAUGUAUCAGGAGAAGGAAUAAGUUUUAUAGGAUCAGAGCUGGAAAAUGUUCCUAGCACAGUCUCCACUAAUGAAAUUGGUGGCUCAACUUCUGAAUCUGGUUUGGGCCCCUCGUUGAUGACAUCUGAAAGGAUCAUGUCUGACUUAGAAGGAGAGAUAUCUCCGCAAGGGACCUCAUCCACAACUGUCAUGACAAGUGAAAGAUCAGAUGUAUCUCAAUCUAGCUUAACAUCUAUGUUUCCUAACUCUUCAACUGCAUCAUCUGCGACUGUGGAACCAAUGCCAGAUCCGAUCCCUACCAGAGCAAAUGUCCCCAUAUUCAGUGGGCCACAUGGUGAGACUGGAGGGAGUAUAUUACAUGAUGACAUGAUGAGCAUUUUCUCAAAUGAUGGUCUAGGACGCUCUAGAGAUUCUAGCAGCAGUGAAACAAGGAGGAGUCACAGAAGGAUUCUAUGGGAUGCAUUUUCGAGGCGCGGCUCAAGAGGUUAUCCAGAAUCUGAUGCUGAUGACCUCGGAUUUUACAGUACAUGGCUAGACCUUGGUGAUGACAUUUUUGAAGAGUUGGGGGAAUCAAGAUAUUUUCAUCGCAGGCGACAUGGUUCAAUCAGAGUAAGCCAGUAUUCAAGAUCCCGGAUUAGGGAGCAUCGCCGUGCUGCUUUUGAUAGUGGUAGUGAACAAAGCACUGCGGCAUGUCCUUUGGGGAUUCAUCCAAUUGGCCGAUGCACCUGUGAUUCUUUCUUGAUUGCUGAAGAAUCUAAUGCCCGGGCAAGUAUAUCAAGAAUUGUCAUGUUAACUGAGGCGUUAUUUGAGGUGUUGGAUGAAAUUCACCGUCAACCUGCAUCACUUUCACUUUCCAUGGUCUCUGUUCAGGCUCCUGAAUCUGUGGUUAAUUCGUUGCCAUGUAAGAGCUACAAAAAGCUUGAGACACCCCAAUGCAGUGAUGAUAUGGAACAGUGCCAUAUCUGCCUAACUGAAUAUGAGAAUGGAGACCAGAUAAGAACUCUUCCUUGCAAGCACGAGUUCCACCUGCAAUGUGUUGACAAAUGGCUGAAAGAAAUACACAGGGUAUGCCCUCUGUGCCGUGGAGACGUCUGCGAAGUCGCCUCGUGA